UCUCUCUCAGGACGCAGUGUGGAGGUGGAGGUGGAGAGAUACGGGCGCAGUCGGGAUGGUAGAAGACGCUGCGAGGAAGCUGUCGCUUUUUAUUCAUGGGAAUGUGACCGCUGAGCUGUGCGCACCUUUUGGGAUUAAGACUUUUAAAAAUAUUUUUAUAUUUGGGCUUUUUUUUCACCCUUCUCCUUUUUUUUCUAAAGGAAAGACUUGUGCGCAGAAUGUGGACGAUUCUAUGUGGAUGAGAGGAGAAAGCCAUCUGAUGUAGGCAGAUUUAUUAUGCAGCAAAAUAUGCGCUCAAGUCUUAAUAAGGCUUUUUCUGGAACAUUAGUAUUUUUUUAAAGUCAUACACUGAGCAAAGAAUGGAUUUUAUUAAUUUUUCCAGCCUGGAAAAUGGGACAGAGGUGGGAAAUAUCUCAUCUAAUUUAACAUCUGAAAGCCAAGAGUACACCCAGCUGGCAAUAUGGGGUCUGGCUGGUCUUGUAAGCUUUCUCAUUUUGUUUACAAUAGUAGGAAAUGUCCUAGUUGUUAUUGCAGUUUUAACUAGCAGGGCUCUCAAACCACCCCAGAACCUCUUCUUGGUCUCCUUAGCCAGUGCGGACAUACUGGUUGCCACUCUGGUCAUGCCCUUUUCUCUGGCAAAUGAACUCAUGGGCUACUGGUUUUUUGGCAAAAUUUGGUGUGAUAUUUACCUUGCUCUGGAUGUUUUAUUUUGCACCUCGUCAAUUGUUCAUCUUUGUGCUAUCAGUUUGGACAGAUACUGGUCGGUGACACAGGCAGUAGAGUACAACUUAAAGAGGACCCCUAAACGAGUUAAAGGCAUGAUUGUGGUGGUGUGGCUGAUCUCAGCUGUAAUUUCAUUCCCUCCAUUGAUUUCAAUGGACAGGAGCAGCAGUCAUGAGAGACCCACAUGUCAGCUGAAUGACGUGACCUGGUACAUUCUCUACUCUAGCAUUGGAUCCUUCUUUGCUCCUUGUGUUAUAAUGAUCUUGGUCUACAUUCGAAUCUAUCAAGUGGCGAAAACAAGGACCAGGACGCUGUCGGAGAAAAAGAGGGGCAUGGAUUCCCCUCAUGAAAAUGGGAUUGACCAAACCGAGCCAGGCAUGGGAGGGUCCAUUAUGUCCACUCAGGGUGGGAGCAUGAAAGAGCAAGAACCUGAGAAUGGGCAUUGCCAGGAGCGAACAGCUCGAUCUCCUAAAUCAAAUGACCCGAAACAUCCAUCAAAUAACCAAGAUGAUGAUUUUGAAGAUAGCAGCUCAUCAGAUGAGAAACAAAAAAAGUGCAUUGGUUCUUCCAAACAAUACCAGAAUGACAGAAAGGACAGAAAGUCCAGCAGGAAGAGCAGCUCUGCUUCCAAAUACUCCAGCAGGAAGUCACGCUCUAGCUCAAAGUCCUUGGAACUGUUCUCCUCCCGUCGCAAACGCCGGAGCACUGUAAAUCGGAAGAAAGUCUCUGCUGCACGGGAGAAACGCUUCACAUUUGUCCUGGCUGUGGUAAUGGGAGUUUUUGUGUUGUGUUGGUUCCCAUUCUUUUUCUCUUACAGCUUAUAUGGAAUCUGCCGUGAUCCAUGCAAGAUCCCAGAGACCAUGUUCAAGUUCUUUUUCUGGAUUGGCUACUGUAACAGCUCCCUGAACCCAGUCAUCUACACCAUCUUCAAUCAGGACUUUCGCAGAGCCUUCCAGAAAAUUCUCUGUAAGUCAUGGAAACGAUCUUUUUAAGGGAUCCCUGCAUGACCAGGAUUAUAGUAGAUAGACGUAAAGUCAAAUUUACGGGGUUGCUUGACUGAUGAAGCAUGUGGUGCUUGCGCUCACUGUCUUCAAAGGAUUGUAUUAGAAAGGAAAUGACAGCAACAAGUUACAAAUUUAGAUACAUUUUUAGAAAAAGACAUAAAAUGGGUGGAAAAAGUGAUGAAUGAGGCAUCUUUGCCUCCAACUGCUUUUGGACUCUGACUUGGGCCUCAGCUUAUUCCCUCUAAUGGUUUGGUCUCUUCAUUUAAAUAUGACCCUUUCCAGUCCCUGUGAUGCAUGCCUGCCACAGUGACUGCCUUUAAAUAUACUUAUUAGCAGAAGAAGGGUUUA